CACUGCUAGAUCAUAGAUGGGAAAAACGGUGUUUUUUCCCAUCUUUACUGCCAACCACCAGCUGAAGCGAUGCACCAAAAGGCCGAAUUCAAACCUGGUCUUUUCCUAUUGGCCUGGGGCAUCACCUUCAUCUCCUUGGUGGUCAGACCAUCUGCGUACCGCGGGUGGCUUUUCAUCCCUAUACUGUCCAUCUGUCUCUACCUCGCUUUCUACACCACUCCCGGGGACGUUGCGAACGGCAGCGGUUUGGCGUGCUUUGUAGUUUCCUUGAUCUUCUAUUCGCUGGACUUGACUGUCCUCACGGACGUUCAGAAUGAACUUCGUCUGGUUGGACAGAAAACGUCCAUCAGUGCGGCGUCGUUGAGCGACCGCUUCUGGUGGGCACUUCGGCUACUUUCGAGUCCGCGAGGUAUAGGGUGGGUGCACGAGCCCACAACUCACAUUCUCCCACACCCAACUACGUCGCGCGUUCGAUUCCUUUGGGAUCAGAUACUUCGUACGGCAAAGUUCAUUAUCAUCUUCGAUGUCGUCAGAGUUCUCUCUUAUUCGAACCCUUACUUUCAAAAGGGAGGGCCUUCUCUCACCGACGCAGGGUUAUUAUGGAGAUUAACGGUGCUCGCGCAAGUCAUAACUGUAUACGCGAGCAUGGCAAGGGUGUAUACCAUCUACAGCAUCGUGUCCGUGGGCUUGGGAUUAACCGUACCAGGGGACUGGCCUCCCUUGUUUGGUUAUUUGGGAGAUGCCUACACUGUCCGUCGCUCCUGGGGCCGUGUUUGGCAUCAGUUAAUGAGACGGUUCCUCCAAGUCAAUUCCGAUUUCCUCGCCUACAAAGUUCUAAGACUGCCACGGAAAAGCACCUUCACGACCUACUUCAAACUCUUCGUAGCCUUCUUCAUCUCUGGUUUGAUCCACCACAUCGGGGAUUACGCAGCACUCGGUCAAUGGCACGGCUCUCUGGCUUUUUUCGUCUAUCAGGCGGUAGUCAUUACAUUCGAGGACGCCGUCAUCGCCAUAGCUGCAAAGUUUGGUUUCGAUGAACCAACCCCACUCAAGAAAUUCUUUGGGUACCUUUGGGUGGCUGCGUGGUUAAUCUACUCGAUGCCUAUGUGGUCAGGCCCACAGAUGACGGGUGGAUUCAUGGAAGACGAUGCCGAAUUCAGUCCUAUCAUGGGAUUAUCACGCGGGGAAUGGUAUCCCAAACCCGACCCUGUGAACGUUCUCAGCACAGCUCUCUCGAAGAUUUUCUACAAGUAG